AUGCGCUCCUCCCUCGUCCACCUCGUCCUGUGCGCCCUCCUCGCCUUGGUCCUCGCCGUCGACGCAAAGAAGACGGGCAAGGUCCUCACCACCAACGAGAAGCAGGCCGCCGCCAUCCAGGCCGCCGCCGUCAAGCUCAAGCCCGGCCGCUACAAGUUCCAGAACGUGCAGACCAAGCAGUACCUGUACUACGUCGCCAGCGGCAACCACAUCUCGCCCACCAAGGGCAAGACGACGCCCGCCUCGAUCCAGAACCACUCGAACGCCAAGGUCCCCUGGCACCGCCUCCAGUUCGGCUCAAAGAACAAGUGCCUCUCGUCGGCCUGGGUCUCGGGCAAGACGCAGAACUCGGAGGCCGUCAUGUACGUCUGCGCCUCGGGCUCGGGCGCACAGAAGACGACGCUCGAGAAGACCAAGCAGUGGUGGCUCUUUGUCCCCGUGUCCAAGCCGACGGUCGCCACCUCGUCCAACUCGUACGCCAACACGGUUCUCCUCGCCGCCCAGGCCGACUCGAUCAAGACCCGCGAGAAGAAGAUUGCCGCCCAGAAGGCCGCGUUCGGCCGUCGCUCGCUCGACGGCUCGGGCGCCCACGAGCAGGGCAUGGUGCGCCGCGUGCGGCGCCACGUCCUCGACAAGCGCGGCAUCAAGACGGUCGUCGGCGGCACGUUCUACAUCAUCCCGACCGACCACUUGCUCGACCGCACGGCGGCCCUCGUCGGCAAGCAGGUCAAGCGCGGCGGCAUCAAGAACACGGCCCUCGCCGACUGGAAGAAGGGCAACAAGGCGCAGCAGUGGAAGGUGACUCGCGUCAACUAGGCGCCCCUCGUCCUCGUCGACCUCCUCUCCCUCCUUUCCCCUCCUCGCGUUCCUCCUCUUUGGCCUCGUCUCCCCCUCCUCGUCGUCUCACGACUCGUCACGUCCCCAAUCGGUACUCCUGCGCGAGCCGCACCUCCUUGUCGUCCCUCGUUCCCCCCUCUCGCUCGCACCCCUCUUUCGCACUUUCGGCCUCGCCCUUCCCUUUUCCCCUCUCUUCCUCGCACUUUCUUUCUGGCUUCGGCGAGACUCGGGUCGGACGCUGGUCGUCCCGACUCUCUCUCGCUGCGCCGAGCACUCUCGUAGCCUGCAGCGCUCGAGCCUGUGAAUGCCAUCCUCGUCGCCCCUUC